GCGGGUGUACGGUCCUGAAGGCGAGGACGCAGGGACUGCGAUGCCCUGUUUCUCGGCAUUCAACCGUCCGAUGCGUCCGCGAGGCCCAAUAUAUGCGUAUCCACCAGGCCCGGUGCCUCCAACUGGGGUUUCUAUUCCGUCCUCGUCUACGUAUCGCCCGCCACCGCCAGGUCCGCCGGGAAUAUAUCUGCGCUUUUUGAGGGGAGGAGCUGAAUCAGAGACAGCGCGUUUCGGCGGCCGUCCCGAGGUGCGUGGUCGUUUCUUUGGAGUCCCAGGAAUUGGCGCCAUGUCAAAGAAUGUGGAGGGUGGACAGAGGGUGAACAAAUGGUGAAUAGUAGUGGUGUGGAUUCAACGCGCCCGGACGCUGAUGCAAUCUGUCCGACAGCGGGCUACCGCGAGCGCAUACACACCAGGCAGGCGGAUCGCGGAUAUAGCAUCGGUGAGCUGCGAGAGAGCGCUGGCGGCAUGGGGCGAUGGGAUGAAGACGCGAUUCUGCACCUGAGAGAGGCGCGGCCGAAGACGGCUAGCGUGGCUGCAGGGGCAUCGGAUUUAAGCCUCGGCGCAUCGCGUUGUUCUUCACGCCCGCAACACCACCCAUCCACACAUUUUCGCGAUAGCCGUGGGGUGGGGCGUUACCUCGGGCUCGCUUCUGCCUUCGUAUUAUGGAUUGAGACGUAUGCUUCUUGCAUUAGCUUUCAGCCUUCCCGCUACCCCAGUCGUCUUUUGCUUAAUUCACUAUUUAUGGGAAAUGAGCCUGAUAUUUGUUGCCCGUUCUUCUGGAUCUCUUCAGCGCACCGUUUUAAGCAAGACGUCUGGUGCUCGUUGCUUGUUCAAAGAUGUCUUGAAACCCACUUCGUUGAUCCUGAAGCUGCUCAAGAGGCAUAUCAAGUAGCUCCAUCAUGUCAUAUUCUUGGCCUCUUUAGCCAUCCGGCCAGUGAGCUAAACGAAAUCGUCCAACUCCUCUCUCCUCUUUCCUCUCGUCAGGCUUGGUCACCACAAAAGCUUCUAUUCGCCAGAGAUCCAACAUCCUGUCCGAUCGUUAAUCAGGCAAGGCACCGCUUCACCACCGCGCUUGACGAGAUCUAUCGCUAUGUAUUGAAUGAAGACUAUGAGCCCAUUUUAUUUAGUGAAUUCGAAAAUCGGACGAGUAGGCGCCAUUUUAGGAUGAAGUCCGUGCAGGGGAUGAGGCCGCAAACGCCUUUUGAGGGUUACCAGGAGGGCGAGGCGGAUUCGAGAUGUGGGCAUGGCUAUCUUAUCUAUUUAUGUUGGGUUGAAAGGAACAACCUUGUUGAGGAUGCUGAACAUGCAUUGAUAAUUCCUUCCUCAACUCAACUAGCUUGCAAUCUUAUCCUUUCUACUAAAGCUCCCUGGGGAUCCUUCGUACAUUGCCAUAUUACCCUCAAUUCAGAGAACACCUCUUAUUAUUUUCUUAGUUUUUCCAACUGUCUUCACCAGGCCCAACAAUUCAGCCGCGUGAGGAUCCGAAUUGAAAACCCUUUCUCAAGCUCCCAGGGUGGGGGUUCUGACAUGUGCAUGGUGUCGUAUGUGCUCAACCGUGGAACCGUCAAGACUUAUUGGCUGACAGCCAUUUUCUUCGAUUUGAAAUGGCAUCCUUUGGUCCACAGUAUAAGACGGCUUCUAUCCGGCCAUAUCUUCUUCUUUUUCAACUUCACUGUACCACACCAGCAUCAUCGCGAUCCACCACCGCGGUCCAGCACCACCAUCUUAACCAUUCUUUUCAGAUCACCAACUAUCUUCGAAAAUGGUCAUCUAACCCUUGAAGCAUUCCCACUCCGUAUCCCGAUUACCAUCUCUUUCAACAGAACAACACUAGGCGACACCCACCACCAUUUCAGGCAAGUUCCUCAUCGGACACGCCCAAUUCUAAACUACCCUCUUAUUCCGAAUACGACGUCAUCCUACAUCGCAGCGACAUGA